GCGAGGAGACGCGUUGUAGGCGAGACCAUAGCCGUCAGAUCGAUAGGGGUGUGCUUUGUUGCGUCGCCGGUGCCUUUAUGACGCAAUGCGUAGCACGUCAUAAGGAAGGGUUGAGGGCGUCUCCCUUGGCUUCGUGAAGGCGCGCCCGUCUUGACGCCCGGCCUCCCCUUCCGAAUGGUUUAGCCCGGCGCUUGGCCACGUGACUUCUCUCCAAGAUGGCAGCGGCGUCUGGUUCGGCGCCUGGUUCUUCGGCGGCCGAGGCGGACGAGUUCGAGGAUGCGCCCGACGUGGAGCCGCUGGAGCCGACGCUGAGCAAUAUUAUCGAGCAGCGCAGCCUGAAGUGGAUCUUCGUAGGCGGGAAGGGCGGCGUCGGCAAGACCACUUGCAGCUGCAGCUUGGCUGUGCAGUUGUCCAAAGUGCGGGAGAGCGUCCUCAUCAUUUCCACUGAUCCUGCUCAUAACAUCUCAGAUGCUUUUGAUCAGAAAUUUUCCAAGGUUCCCACCAAAGUUAAGGGCUAUGACAACCUUUUUGCCAUGGAGAUUGAUCCCAGCCUAGGUGUGGCUGAACUUCCUGAUGAGUUCUUUGAAGAGGAUAACAUGCUGAGCAUGGGCAAGAAGAUGAUGCAAGAGGCAAUGAGUGCCUUUCCUGGGAUUGAUGAAGCCAUGAGCUAUGCUGAAGUAAUGAGGUUGGUGAAAGGAAUGAAUUUUUCUGUGGUGGUGUUUGACACAGCACCCACUGGGCACACGCUCAGGCUACUCAACUUUCCCACCAUCGUGGAAAGGGGACUGGGCCGCCUAAUGCAGAUUAAGAAUCAGAUCAGUCCCUUCAUAUCCCAGAUGUGUAACAUGCUUGGCCUGGGAGACAUGAAUGCUGACCAGCUGGCAUCCAAGCUGGAGGAGACCCUUCCUGUCAUCCGCUCAGUCAGUGAGCAGUUCAAAGACCCGGAACAAACCACAUUUAUUUGUGUCUGCAUUGCUGAGUUCUUAUCCCUGUAUGAAACAGAGCGGCUCAUCCAGGAGCUGGCCAAAUGCAAAAUCGACACGCACAACAUUAUAGUCAAUCAGUUGGUCUUCCCUGACCCUGAGAAGCCCUGCAAGAUGUGUGAGGCUCGACACAAAAUCCAGUCCAAAUAUCUUGACCAGAUGGAAGACCUCUACGAAGACUUUCACAUUGUAAAACUGCCCCUUUUGCCCCACGAAGUCCGAGGGGCUGAUAAAGUGAACACCUUCUCAAGUCUGCUGUUGGAGCCGUACAAGCCUCCCAGCGCAAAAUGAAGCCCCACAAACUGAUUUCCCUGCCCACCCUCUCCGCCUUUCCAUUCCACGCCAAUCCUUUCCUGCCUCUUCUCUGCUGGAGCUCUCCCCAUCCAGGGGCCUCUCAUCUUUUUAAAGUGUGUGGUUGACAGGCUUGUGGUGGGCUGGAAGAGGCAGCAUGUGUCGUUCAUACUUAGUUCUGUAUACCUAACCUCUUGGAACCCCCCCCCCCCCCCUCCCAAGCCAGCCACAGUGUUGAAUCCAUUCCCCCCAUUGACCAACUAGCUAAUUUAAACUUGGGUCUAUCUCUUUUCUAAAUUUCUGCCACUGACUUCUUCCUGGAUCAUGUCUCUUGGGGCUGAUGCUGUUGUGGCUGAGGUCCCAACCAGGUGCUGCGAUAACACAGAGACUGUCAGUCCACUUACAACACUAAGGCCAUCACUACUAAUGGGAAGUAUGUAAAUAAACUACAAGGUAAAUAAGUUAGCUGCCACUUGUCUAACCAGACUUGUUUCAUUUGUACCAGAAAUUCCUGUAGUGGCUGGAAGAACAUUUAGAAGUUCUACGGGGGUGGUCUUUGCCAACAGAGAAAAAUCAAACAUCUAGGGAAGUUGCUACCUGCUUUAAAAAUUACUUGUUUUGUAGCAGGUUUGGAAGAUCUGUCGACUCCAUGCAUGCAGCUUCCCUCAGGAUUUUUUGCAGCCCUCACCAGCAUAACCACCAACUCCACUGGAGUCCUGUACCUCAUUCAAAUGUAGGAUCACAUUUCUAGAAGUGCAAUGCUAUUUAAUAAAAGAGAUGUUCAAGUUUUUUUGUCACUGCUACCCUAGCAAUUCUGAGAGUGGGGUUGUAGACGCUAGUGUUUAUUUUGGGGGGGGGGGGGGAAAUCAACCACCUCCCACAAGUUCCCCACUCUUGGUUUAAAGUUAUAGAAAGAUUAGGAAUGAGGCUACCUCAUGCUGCUGGUCAGCUUUUCACACUGGAAAGUAGAGGUAUGGGCUUGAAUAGAGGUAUCAAUAUUGGAAGGAAAAAAACAUCCCAAAGACCUUUGGAAGUGUAUGUAGAUAAUUUUUUGAAUGCCUUGGAAUCUUCACUCCCUUUUUGCAAGAGAUAACAGUAUUAACAUUAACAAAAUCUGAGGUGUGUACAGAAACAUUGUCUGGACCCAAAAGAAACUAUGUACUCGGAAAAGAUGCAUUGAAGAUGUGGCUCUAGUGCAGUAGUCUGUGGCAGAACUGUAACUACUGCUUGUAAGGUUAGUAGCUGGAUUUUGCCAGUGUCUCUGUGGGAUCUAGUGAAUGGGGUGGAGCUUGAGAACUCACUCUUGUUUUAGGGCUGACUAGGUGAGGCAAUAGCUAAAAAGAGUGAAAGAACAUCUUAUGGGGGCACAGUAUGUGUAGCCAUUGGCACAAUAGUCUGCCAGCAGUGCUUUUUGAUUGGGGAGAUGAGCUUUCUCCACACCGCAUAGCGUAGACUACUUUGCAUGGCUUACCAUAAACUGACUGCUUAUAAAUUACUUAAAACUGCAUUCCAGAAUGAGCCAAGGCCAUGACCAGAGUUUUGCCCAACCUGAGCAGCACUGGUUCUCUCUACUUUCAUUUCGUCUUCUGUGGCAGGGGUGAAUGCAGUGAAGCCCCUUUUCUUAUCUCUACCUUUAUAAUUUUAGCAAAUAAUUGUUGCACAGUAGAAACAUACAAAUAAUGAUUGUAAAAAGGAGAAUUAGAGUUACUUACAAACUCAUUCUUUUUGGAUGGUUUCUUAGCAAGUCCAGUUACUGUUAUGGUUAGAGCCCUCCAAAGGCACUGUUACAAUUCGAUUAUAAUGCAAGCUGUAAAAGCCUACACGCUAAUCUAUUGCAAUUCUGAAUAUUCCCUGGGGGCUGUAUGAAAUGUUUUUUGUGAAGUUAAUAUAUUUUGUAUCUAAGCCGGUGUGUUAGAUGCAUGUACUGUACAAUGUAAUAUAUUUUAUUUAGUAUUUCCUGUGGAAGGAGGCAACUUUGUCUUUUCAAAAAUAACAUAUUUAAGCAGGGUUGUGCUUGUGGGUGGAGCACAGCUCAGUGGCAAAGCACUAGAGGCGGACUAAGUUUCUGGAAAAUCACAAUGGGUAGAGAAGAAGAAAAUAAGCAAUUGCUUAACAUUGGAUGUGUAAAGCAUGACGUUUUGGUCAGCUGUUCCAGGGCAGAAGGCUCUGGCAGCGGGUAAAUCUUCCACAAGAACUAAAUCUUGUAAAACAAAUCCUUCCUCGAACAAUCUACCAAAUUAAAAUUUAUUGGUGGGAAGGUCA